AUGAUAUUACCUCGCGGUCAGCCGGGUAAAACGGUAGCAGACGAAAUCAAACGUCCUACCUAUCAUCGAUUGCGAACAUUUAUUUUCUCCACGGUGGAAAUGAAUAUAAGAAGCGACACAGGUCGACUGAUAUCAUUUGCGUCUGGUGCUGUCAGAAUAACAUUACACUUUCGACGAAGGACAAUUCUGUAAGAUGCUUCUACCAAUGAACCACCAAUUUUAUCCUUAUCAGCGCUAUGUGUUUCCUAUUGCGCAACGAGGUAAAGGAGAUAUUAGUAUCUAUGAAGGAACACACCCGUAUGGUCAAGGUGGAAAUGGAUUGGGAGGAAUGUUUUGUUCUCUCUUUCGAACAGCAACACCUCUUCUCAAGACCGCUGCAAAGAAAGUGGGAAAACGGUUACUGUCCACUGGAUUAGGCACAGGAGUUCAAAUUGCUCAAGAUGUUAUGAAUGGGCAAUCACUGAAGAAAGCAACGAAAACGAGAGCAAAAGCUGCCGGAAAACAAUUUUUCACUGAGGCCUUUCGGGACAUGACGCAACAACAAGGGCGUGGAAAAGUAUAUAAACUCAAACGAAAGGCGAAUUCUGUCAGUACAAGACAAGUCAAGAAAGCGAGAACAUCGUCAGCAACGUUCAAGACUAUUUUUGACUGAGUAUGGCUUCAGCACAUCCCUUCUCUGCUCCAGGAGUUAACUCCAGUUUGCAGUCAUUCGAAGCGCCGGUCACCGAUGUUUCUAUUGUCAAAAGUAAAUGGGUGGACUAUGAACCAAUUCAGAGUGGCACCAAUCCCAUAGAAUUUGUGAUCAAACCUCUGUCCGAUUACAUCGACAUUAACAAAACUAAACUUCGUCUGGUGGUGAAAAUUACUAAACGAAAGGGAGGAGAGACAGGAGCUGGGAAGAAAUAUACGUUGAUCAACAACGCUCUUCAUUCUAUCAUCAAACAGUUCACUAUCAAGAUCAAUGAAACCCUUGUCACAGAACAAUCAGACACACAAGCCUACAAUGCUUAUAUCAAGACCUUGCUUAACUUUACUGAUCAGGCCAAGAAAUCUUACUUGACAAAAGCGUUGUACUACAAAGACACUGCUGGGCAUAUGGAUGAGGUGGAUAAUACAGCAGAUCGAAAUUUGGGUCUAAAAAAGAGAGGUUCUUUUACCACUGGAGAUGCUGAAGUUGGAAUGGUUGGUGUACCCCUGUGUGAUGUAUUCAACCUUGACAAGUUACUGUUGGAUGGAUUGGAAAUCAAAAUCAAGAUAGAUCUUAACCACACUGAAUUUAGUCUGAUGGGUGGUGAAGAUGCCAUCGAUUGCAAGUUACAAAUAGUGUCAAGUACGCUCCGUGUACGUACUGUUCAUGUGGCAGACAGCACUAAAUUGGAUCACGUAAACACCAUGACGGGUCAGAAGGCACUUCCUGCAAUCUAUACACUAACACGAACCCCUACGCAUGCUAGGAUCAUUCCUAGAGGAGUAUUAAAUCACACAGAGACCGAUCUAUUCAAUGGUCUCAUCCCCCAAUGCAUCAUAUUUGGAAUGGUGCGAAACGAUGCUUACAAUGGAAACUUGGGGAGGAAGCCAUUCAACUUCCAACUGUUUGAUCUGAAUGCUGUUCGUCUAACAGUCAAUGGAGAAGAAAUGCCUUACUCAGGCAUCGACUUGAUAGGCGGCAAGAAAAUCGAUGGCUACAAUACACUUUUCUCAGGCAGUGGUAAUAUGAACUGUGGUCAUGGUAUAGACAUUGACAGAGAAGAAUGGGAGCAGGGUUAUGGUUUAUUUCGCUUGGACACAACACCAGCAGGAAGUGGCCAUCGGAAUCAUUUGAUUCCUAAUCGCAGCGGAAAUGUCAACUUGUAUUUAAAAUUUGGCACUGAGACCCCUGCAGUUCUCAAUUUAAUUGUGUACGCAGAAUUCCAGAAUCAGGUGGAAAUUGAUCGUAACAGACGUGUGGUGUACGACCUGUCACAAGGUGCUUAA